UCUCACGGUUUUUUAUCCGUAAAUUCACUUAUUUAUGACUUAAAUAAUGCGUGAAUUGUUGUAAUAGAACGAAAACUAUUAUUUUUGUUUUGUUUAGAGGAAUAUAUUUGAAAAUACGUAAAGUUAUAAGUAGCCUCAACGCACACAGGGAUAGCGGCGGCCAUUUUGAUUUACCGUACGCUGUGUAUUUACUGACAAAGCCGUCAGAUGUGAGCAGGACGCGGCUGCGCAUGUUCCUACCGGGCUUUACGUUAUUUUUGAACGUGUUUUACCGCUAAAAUGUCCAAUAAACAAAUGUUUUCGACGUAACAACAGUUCAAAAACAAAAUGAAGUGUCAGUUUUUACAUUUAGUUCCGUGAGUGUUGAUUGUAUUGUGUUAUAACGACAGCAGGAGUAAAACAAAUGUGUGUGAUCCAUGUGUGAAUGUUGUGCUACAAAAUGUGGUCGAGGAACUUUAUACCGGAUUAUGGGAUUAAAUUGCUGUCCUUCAUCAUUGUGGCGACGACGCUGGCCACCAGGAUCCAACGCGUCGAAGGAUUUGUGUCGUGUUCGCCGUCGCCAUGCAAAAACGGCGGUACCUGUCUCUCCACACCGAGAGGCGAAUACUUUUGCAACUGCACAUCGAGGUACGCGGGCGAGUUCUGCCAGCACCUGAACCCUUGCCACAGCGAGUCGUCGCCGCGUUGCCAGAACGGCGGCUCGUGCCGCGUCCGGCCCGGCGCCAGCGGCGGCUCGCCCUCCUUCGCCUGCGACUGCCCUCUCGGCUACAGCGCAUCACUAUGCGAGAUCAGAGUGCCAGCUGCGUGCGACUCCGCGCCUUGUCUCAACGGGGCUACGUGUCGGCUGACGUCAUUGGAUACUUAUGAGUGUGACUGCCCGCCAGGGUAUACAGGAGACGAAUGCUCGCACGAAGACCACUGUGCGUCGCAACCCUGCCGCAAUGGUGGCCGAUGCGUCGCCGACAACACCACUACUGCGGGCUACUCGUGCGCCUGUCCCCCUGGCUUUACCGGCUCCCGCUGCACUGAGGACGUCGUUGAAUGCUCCAGCGGCUCCGGCCCCUGCCAUCACGGCCGGUGCUUCAACACCCACGGGUCAUACACCUGUGUGUGUGAGCCAGGGUACACCGGCAGGGAUUGUGAUGCGGAGUACGUGCCGUGCGAACCAUCCCCUUGUCUGCAUGAUGGAAGAUGCACUCCCCUGGAUCCGUUGCGAUACGAGUGUGAUUGUCCGCCUGGUUACCGCGGCCAGAACUGCGAGAUCGACAUCGAUGACUGUCCUGGCCACCUGUGCCAGAACGGCGCCACGUGCAUCGACGGCCUCAACUCCUACACUUGCGAGUGCCCUCCCACCUUCACCGGCACGCUUUGUGAGAUCGACGUUGACGAGUGCGCUCUCAGACCACUUGUGUGCCAGAACGGGGCGACAUGCACCAACUCCUUGGGUGGUUUCUCGUGUAUAUGCGUGAACGGCUGGACGGGGCCCGAGUGCUCCGUGAACAUCGACGACUGCGCCGGCGCAGCGUGCUUCAACGGCGCCACCUGCAUCGACAGGGUCGGGUCGUUCUACUGUAAAUGCACCCCUGGGAAGACUGGUCUCCUCUGCCACCUGGACGACGCCUGUACUUCCAACCCUUGCCACGCCGAUGCCAUCUGCGACACCAGCCCCAUCAACGGCUCCUACACCUGCUCAUGCGCAUCUGGUUACAAGGGGCUGGACUGUUCUGAGGAUAUCGACGAGUGUGAACAAGGAUCUCCUUGCGAACACGACGGCAUCUGCGUGAACACGCCCGGCUCCUUCGCGUGCAACUGCUCUGUGGGCUUCACCGGCCCGCGCUGCGAGACUAACGUGAAUGAGUGCGAGAGCCACCCCUGCAGGAACGACGGCUCCUGCCUCGAUGACCCUGGCACCUUCCGCUGCGUCUGUAUGCCUGGUUUUACUGGAACACAAUGCGAGGUGGAGAUAGACGAGUGCGCGAACAACCCGUGCCUGAACGGAGGCGUCUGCCACGACCUGAUCAACGCGUUCAGAUGCACUUGCGUUAUUGGGUUCACGGGAGCUCGGUGCCAAGUGAACAUCGACGACUGCGCGUCAAGUCCUUGCCGGAACGGCGGCACCUGCCACGACUCCAUCGCUGGGUACACUUGCGAAUGUCCACCCGGGUAUACUGGUAUGUCGUGCGAGACGAACAUAAACGAUUGUCUGUCGGCGCCGUGCCACCGCGGCGAGUGCAUCGACGGCGACAACAGUUUCACGUGCAACUGCCACCCCGGCUACACGGGCCGCGUGUGCCAGACGCAGAUCAACGAGUGCGAGUCCAACCCCUGCCAAUUCGGAGGCCAUUGCGAGGACCUUAUCGGCGGCUACCAGUGCCGCUGCAAGCCGGGCACCUCAGGACGCAACUGCGAGAUCAACGUCAACGAGUGCUACUCCAACCCCUGCAGGAAUGGCGCCACCUGCAUCGACGGGAUCAACAGAUACACCUGCGAGUGUAUCCCGGGCUUCACUGGCCAACACUGCGAGACCAACAUCAACGAAUGUCUGUCCAAUCCCUGCGCCAACGGCGGCAAGUGCAUCGACCGCAUCAACGGAUUCCGCUGCGAGUGUCCCCGCGGGUACUACGACGCUAGGUGUUUAUCGGACGUGAACGAGUGCGCUUCGAAUCCGUGCAUUAACGGAGGCUCCUGUGAGGACGGAGUCAAUCAGUUCAUCUGCCAUUGUCUACCUGGAUAUGGAGGACAGCGCUGCGAGCGCGACAUCGACGAGUGCAGCUCCAACCCGUGCCAGCACGGCGGCACGUGCCACGACCGGCUCAACGCGUACAAGUGCGACUGCGUGCUCGGAUUCACCGGUGUAAAUUGCGAGACGAACAUCGACGACUGUGCCGGCAACCCCUGCCUACACGGCGGGUCCUGCAUAGAUCUUGUAAACGGGUACCGCUGCGUGUGCGCACCGCCGCACUCCGGACGGAACUGCGAAAACACGCUCGAUCCGUGCACGCCCAACCAAUGUCGCCACGGCGGCCGGUGCGUGGCGGAGGCGUCGUACGCGGAGUUCACGUGCGCGUGCCCGGUGGGCUGGGCGGGCGCGCUGUGCGAGCGCGACGUGGACGAGUGCGCCGUCACCGCGCCCUGCCACAACCACGCCACGUGCCGCAACACCGACGGCUCCUACGCCUGCGUCUGCGCACGCGGCUACGAGGGCAAGGACUGCGCUGUCAACACUGAUGAUUGCGCUUCAUUCCCAUGUCAAAACGGCGCGACGUGUCUGGACAGCAUCGGUGAUUACAACUGCGUGUGCGCAAGCGGGUUCGCAGGCAAGCACUGCGAGGUGGACAUCGACGAGUGCCAAUCCAGACCUUGUAUGAACGGCGCUACUUGUAAUCAGUACGUGGCCUCGUACACGUGCACAUGCCCGCUCGGGUUCUCGGGCAUCAACUGCCAGACCAACGACGAGGACUGCACCGAGUCCAGCUGCAUGAACGGCGGCACCUGCAUCGACGGCAUCAACUCUUACAACUGCUCCUGUCCGCCUGGCUACACGGGCUCUAACUGCCAGUUCCGCAUAAACAUGUGCGACAGCUCGCCGUGCGACAACGGCGCCACGUGCCACGACCACGUCACCUACUACACCUGCCACUGCCCCUACGGGUACACUGGGAAGCACUGCGAGGCCUACGUCGAUUGGUGUGAGGGCAACCCGUGCGAGAACGGCGCUACUUGCUCUCAGAAGGGUCCGCAGUACACGUGCACCUGCGCGCCGGGCUGGUCCGGCAAGCUCUGCGACGUCGAGAUGGUGUCCUGCAAGGAUGCUGCCAUCAGAAAAGGUGUGAAACUAAAACAACUUUGUAACAACGGGUCAUGCGAAGACAUCGGCAACUCCCACCGCUGCCACUGCCUCGACGGAUACACCGGCUCCUAUUGCCAGAAGGAGAUCAACGAGUGCGACUCCGCGCCGUGCCAGAACGGCGCCGUGUGCAAGGACCUCGUCGGCACUUACCAGUGCCAAUGUGCCAAAGGAUUCCAGGGCCAGAACUGCGAACUCAACGUUAACGAUUGCCUGCCAAACCCGUGCCAGAAUGGCGGAACUUGCCACGAUCUGAUCAACAACUUCUCUUGUUCCUGUCCCUUUGGCACUUUGGGGAAGAUCUGCGAGAUCAACGUCAAUGAUUGCAAGCAAGACGCGUGUCACAACAACGGCUCAUGCAUCGACAAAGUAGGUGGGUUCGAGUGUAAGUGCCCGCCCGGGUUCGUCGGCCCGCGGUGCGAAGGAGACAUCAACGAAUGCCUCUCGAACCCUUGCUCAGCGCCCGGCACUCAGGACUGCGUGCAGUUAGUCAACGACUACCACUGUAACUGUAAACCUGGCUACAUGGGCAGACAUUGUGAUGCCAAAGUCAACUUCUGCGCAAACUCUCCGUGCCAGAGUGGAGGAAUAUGUACAGCGAUUCAAGGCGGUCACGAAUGCCUAUGCAACGACGGAUUCUACGGUAAAAAUUGCGAAUAUUCUGGCUAUGCUUGCGACUCCAAUCCUUGCCAGAAUGGCGGGUAUUGCCACACGUCUGAAAUUGGAGGUUAUGUGUGUGAAUGCUUGUCAGGGUUGUCAGGCAUCAAUUGCGAGGUAGAUUCUAUGAAUGAGUGUCUCAGUAAUCCUUGCAAACAUCCUGAGGCGCGCUGUAUCGACAAACCUGGAGACUAUCUCUGUUACUGCCCGAGACAGUGGACCGGCAAGAAUUGCGACAUCCACGACCCUCAUUCGAGAGGAGGGUAUGGUAGCGGCGGAUUCAACAGCAAGAAUCCAGUGUUAACAUUACAAGAACUUGAUUUGGCUUACCAACGGGAACAAUGCGUGAAAUUGGGCUGCAAAGAGAAACAAGCUGACCACCACUGUGACGAAGAAUGCAACACGUACGCAUGUGAAUUUGAUGGGAAUGACUGUUCAUUGGGUAUCAACCCUUGGGCUAACUGUACUGCUCCAAUCAAAUGCUGGGAAGUGUUCAUGGAUGGCGAAUGUAACGAAGUCUGCAACACACAAGCUUGUCUUUUCGAUGGUCGAGAUUGCCAGAAAUCCUUGCAAAGAUGCAACCCUAUUUACGACGCAUAUUGCCAGAAGCAUUACGCUAACGGUCACUGCGAUUACGGCUGCAACAAUGCUGAGUGUAAUUGGGAUGGUCUGGAUUGCGAAAGUGAGCCUCCUCAUUUGGCUGAAGGAGUCAUGUCAGUUACCUUACUUAUGGAUAUGAGAACGUUCAAAGAAAACUCUGUAGCGUUCUUGCGAGAUUUGGGGCACCAACUACGGACAACUGUGUUGAUAAAGAAGGAUCAUUUAGGAAACGAUAUGGUCUACCCAUGGAAGGGAUCGACCGACGUUGGUCUCCAGGAUACAGAGUUCGGUAAGAAGCACAACAUCGUCUUUACCGAAAGGGGACAGUCAGGAGUACUGGUGUACCUAGAGAUCGACAACAGGAAGUGCACCAGCAUGUCUAGCUCUGAGUGCUUCUUCUCGGCGCAGGAAGCUGCGGAGUUCUUGGCCGCUACGGCGUCCAAGCAUUCCUUGUCACCGGACUUUCCGAUAUUUCAAGUUAAAGGCGUAAAUCCACCCACAACUGACGAUGGCCAAACCAACUACAAAUAUGUGUUCAUCGGAGUGAUAUUAUGCCUUCUUGCUGGUCUUUUGAUCGGAGUGUUAGUAACGGCGAAUAGGAAGCGUGCUGCAGGUGUGACGUGGUUCCCUGAAGGGUUCAUGCGGAACAAUUCCUCGACGAGAAGACGUUCGCGUCGCCGAGGACCUGAUGGGCAGGAGAUGAGGAACCUCAACAAAGGGUCCAUGGGUUGUAUCGAUGUAGAUAUUAACGGAGGUCAUAUGGUGCCUCCUCACUGGUCUGACGAGGACGAUGAUGGGUCAGCUCCUCCCAGAGCUAAGAGGGCACGAGGGCCCGGCGACGCCAAUGGCGCUCCGGGAGGCUACGCGUCUGAUCACACAGCGAUCACGGACUACGAGGAGGCGGGUCACGACUCUCGGGUGUGGACGCAGCAGCACCUGGACGCGGCGGACAUCAGGGUGCCGCCGAGCAUGAUGACGCCGCCGGGCAUCCACGACGGGCACGUGGACGUGGACGCGCGCGGGCCGCUGGGCAUGACGCCGCUGAUGGUGGCGGCCGUGCGCGGCGGCGGGCUGGACGCGGGCUCCGACGCGGAGGACGAGGCCGCCGCGCACGCCAUCUCCGAGCUCGUGGCGCAGGGCGCGCAGCUCGACGCCGCCAUGGACAAGACCGGCGAGACCAGUCUGCAUCUCGCCGCCAGGUACGCGCGAGCGGACGCUGCCAAACGUCUCCUCGACGCCGGUGCAGACGCAAACUCGCAGGACAACACCGGCCGGACGCCGUUACACGCCGCCGUCGCUGCAGACGCGCUCGGCGUGUUCCAAAUCCUGCUCAGGAAUAGAGCCACCAACCUCAAUGCGAGGAUGCAUGACGGCACCACGCCACUCAUUUUGGCUGCUAGACUGGCCAUCGAGGGAAUGGUGGAGGACCUGAUCAACGCCGAUGCGGAUAUAAACGCGGCGGACAACAGCGGCAAGACGGCGCUGCACUGGGCCGCUGCCGUUAACAAUGUUGACGCCGUCAACGUGUUACUCGCGCACGGUGCCAACAGAGACGCGCAAGACGAUAAGGAUGAAACCCCGCUGUUCCUGGGCGCUCGAGAAGGUUCAUACGGCGCGUGCCGAGCGUUGCUGGACGCGAUGGCGAACAGAGAGAUCACGGACCACAUGGACCGACUGCCGCGCGACGUGGCGCAGGAGCGCAUGCACGACGACAUCGUGCGCCUCCUCGACGACCACUGCCCGCGCCCGCCGCCGCAGCAUCACCAUCUCAUGUCAUCUCCGAACCCACACCCGCAGCUGCUGAACCAGCCAACAGUGAUCAGCGCGUCGGCGGCUAAGGGUAAGCCGAAGAAGCCGCGCGCCAAGGCCGGGCCCGACAGCCCGCAGGACCAAAUUUUCGACAACAACAACUUGCAACAAACACAAAUAAGACGGAAGCCAAGCGUAAAAAAGAGUAAUAAGAAAGUGGCACAGGAAGUGCCACAGAGCGUUGAGAGCCUGGGCUCUAGCCUCAGCCCUGUUGAAUCACCGCUCCAAAAUUUACAGGACUUGCCGUCGCCGUACGACGCAACGUCAUUGUACUCGAACGCGAUGGCGCAGUUCGUCAGCAUGCAGCACAAGCAGCCGCCCAGCUAUGAGGACUGCGUCAAGUAUUGUUGGCAGCCGGGUCAGACGCUGCAGCCGUACGGCGGCGGCGGGCUGGGCGCGUCGCUGUCGCCGCCCUACUCCAACCACUCGGGACACUCCAAUCACUCGCCCACGCACAGCAACCACACCGCCUCGCCACAUGCGUAUAUUGGGUCCCCGUCGCCGGGCAAGUCGCGGCCGUCGCUGCCGACGUCGCCGGCGCACAUGGCGGCGCUGCGCCACUCGCACCAGCACCAGCUCGACGCGUACUCCACGCUUGCGCAUCUCGGUGCUAACGGGCAGCACGGGUCGGCGCAGCUGCAGGCGGUGAUGACGCACGCCGCUGCGCUUGGGCAGGUGCAGGCCGCGCAGCAUCCACACAUCAACAUUAUGUCGGGUCUGUACGGAAGCUGGGGUAUUGGCGACACGUUCCCCACUCCAUCGCCCGAGUCUCCUGAACACUGGUCGUCGCCGUCGCCGCAGACGCCGCUUACGCAGUCGCCGCACUCCGACUGGUCCGACCGCGCCGCGCUCUCGCCGAACGAUCUGCAGCAGACCAACAAGGGCGGCACCGAAGCCAUUUACAUUUAAUAACACUCUUACGGACCAGGAAAUAAUGUACACUUUACACUCACAUUGUAAACUAUUCGACUAAACUCGAUCUUAUUGUGUACAAUGCAGAUGAAGUCGAGGACGGCUUAGUAACUAGUGUAGUUGAGGCAAACUCGACUUUAUAGUGUGCUAUUAAGGUAUUUUACGUAACGUCGAAGCAGCGAACUAGAAGCUGGUUGAAUUGUACAGAGAAAAAAAUGAUAUUAAUGCACCGUGUAAAUUAUUUUGGAACGCAACGGCGAAUCCGUUCGGAACCACGUCUAAAUUGUUUUUUGGUUAAGUUAGAGGUGCUAUAGUGCCGAUAUAGACUGAUUUGUACAGCCAUGACUCGAUGUAUAUUAACGUAAUAUAGCGUAACGACGCCCAACAGACAAUCUCGCGACGCGAUUAAACCUAUUUGGUUUUUUUUUAUAUAUUUUUUUAAAAUACACAACGUUUUCGUGACUAUGAAUCUGAAAUUAUAAUGUAACUUAUUCCUUUUUUAGUUUUUUGUUUUUUUUUUUUGUUUUUUAUUGUGAAUUUGAGACGUUAAACCCGGAGAUUUUAGACAUUAUACGCACUAUAAAAUGAAUUGUUUCGUUGUUAAAUCUUUCUUAUUAUCUUGUUUGUAUAAGUCAGUGUUUAAAAUCGAUAAUUUUAAACAAACGUGUUUUUAUGCAUAUGAGAUUGUUUAGCGUACAGUCGGAGAUUUUGUAGAGUUUUUUUUUAUAUGUAUAAAAAUUAUAUAAGGGGAGGAAUAAUAAAAAAAAAACUGAGUAAAGAAAAAAACAAUUGACAAUUUAAAUCGUAUUUCAUUUAUUUGGAAAGAAAACGUUUUUUUUGUGACAAACAAGCUAAAACAAAAAAAAAAAAACAUUAAAAGCAGGUGACAUUGAGAAGCAAUCCAUUAUGAACAUAAGAUAAAAAUAUAUAUGGUACAUUAUUAUUAUAAAACUUAGAUGAAUUAAUUAACAUUAAUAAAUAAUUUACUAUCCCGACUGUACCGAUGUGAACAGAAAUUAUUUAUGUGUGAUUCUGUAGUUUAUAAUUUUUUAUGUACUGUAGUGUAUAGGCAAAUUUUGAUUGUCUAUUAAGUCGAGGUCAAUAAAAUAUGAGCCAUCCCCAAUAAUAUAUCGAAAAUAAUUUUAAGAUUGACAAUAAUUAAACAUAAAGUAAUGAUAAAAAUAUGUGAUAAUCAAACUGAAAUUAAGCAUGGAUCAAAUAUGGUAUAUUUUUAUUAACCUCGGCCUAUCGCAAAUUGUUAGUUCGAUGUAAGCGGUGUGAGAUUGAACCCUGUUCGUAGAAGUCUUGUACGUCGGAGGUAUCAAUUUCAACCUUUAUUUAAGCACAUAUCUUCCGGAGAAUCCAAAUCAUUCCAUGUUUGCUUCCAAUUUUUAGGCCAUGGAAGUGUUAAGGGUGAUAUUCAGGUAAUCUAAAAUUACGUAAAGGUUUAAGAUUUUUAUAGAUUGGAUAUUAUUUUGAAGUAUUCGUGUGGUACUGAAAUAAUUUUUUUUAUUUACCCAUAUGUCUUAAAUUUUUAAUGUACAAAAUAUAGUUAUUGAAUUUUGUUUAGCACACUGAAAACGGUAUUUGCUAAAAAUGAGAAUAUAUUAUGCAUUUCAUCUUGCAUAUAAAUGUGUGAUGUUAAACUGUUCUUUUUUAGGUUUAUUGCAUUUAGUAUUUGGUGCGUAACAAUAUUUUUUUCUAAGUUCUAAGUUAACCUCACGUGACAAUGCAAUGAAAUAUAAGUUUACAUAAGAAUAUCAUCUUUUCACUGGGCCUCAUUCCCGUCUAAGUGUAAUCGUAAAUAAGAUCUCAUCAUUCCAUGUGUCGCUUUAAUCGAAAAUGUUGUUAUUCUUGGUACCAUUCGUGCUCAAUAUUGUUAAACUAUACAAUUCCGUACUAUUUGUAAUAUAUUUUAUAUAAGUAUCAUAUUAGUGAGUUUAUGAAACUGCUGCCUAUACGAGAAGCGCCUACGUUAUUUGUAAAUAUUUAAUUAUUAUUUUUUUAAUAAUGUAAUAUUUAAUUUUGACAGACAAUGAUCUUCGUUAGGCUUACGGUAGUCUAUAGUUUGUUGACUUUGACCAGAAAAAUAAAAACGUUCCAGUUUUGAAUAGAUAUUUUUAAUUUGCAUUUUUUAUUUUUGUGGUCAGGUUUUUUAAUUUUAAUAUUUUUUCUGUGUCAUCGCGAUGUGCCAAUGAGCGGAAAAAUUAGGUGUCAUUUCGACAGAUUGAAAAUAUUAUGCAACAGAUAACGAUGUGUAAUUAGUUUGUAAGAUUUAGAGUUCUGUGUAGCAACGCGUGCUUCCUUUAAAUGCAGAUUGUGUAAGAAGAUAUGAUACUCUAAAAAUGGAUUACGUUCCAAAUCACGCAGCAAACAAAACAAUCCAAAUGUAAACACAAUAUACACGUAAAAUAGGGAACGUAAUGGCACGAUUUUUAACACACAAUGCCUUAACACGGACCAAGUACAAACUGUAUUGUAUUUAAAAGUGACUGGAAAGUAUAUUGUGAAAAUAUCAUUUGGCACAGUUAUAUUUAGUAGCUUUUGUAAUGCUUGUAUAAGGCACAAAGUUUUGUUUUGAAAGUGAAUUUUCAAACUCGUGCCUUUAAAAGUAGCUGUAAGAUAGGGACAUUUGUAAUUUAAACUAUUAAAUAUAGUUCAGAAUAAUUAAUUUUAAGUUCUGUAAAUACAUUUUAUCAUUAUGUUUAUGAAAUGCAUUUCUUUGUAAGGAUCUAAAAACAUUUUUGAGGAGAAUGAAAUUUUUAAAUAUUUUCCCCGUAAUAAAGAAAUAAAUAAA